AUGACACACGAAGAAUUCAUCAGCAGCAUUCAAGCCGUACAGCACGUGCUGGAACCGUUGCACGUUAAGCAGUUAGCUCUGGCUAGAAGUGCUUGCACGGAUUCCGAAAAAGCGGAAAUCGUCAAAAGUCACAUAGCAAACAUCGAACUGGGCCUAGCAGAUGCCGAACUGAUGCUGACAUUUUCAUCAUUCGUCCAAAGUGUGGAUGCAGAGAAACACAAACUGCGCAUGCUGGUUCGGCGGCUCGUUCAGGAAAACCUGUGGCUUCGCAACGAAUUAAAGGAUACCCAGGAACGGCUACAAGUUUCGGAGGGAACCGUUGUGGAGAUGCAAGAGAAAAAGGAACACGAGGAUUUUAUGGCGUCUUUGAAAAAGUAUGACGAACAUCAAUCAUCCAUCGAUGAAUCGUGUACGGAUUUGGAAAUUGAGUUGUUUGCGGAAGAUCAACUGAAGGAGCUGUCAGCAUCUCCGACGUCGCAGCCAGAUAGUGGAGUCACGGAUUACGAGAUACCUCCGAAGUUUAAAACGAUCCACAAUCUGCUGCUGCAGUAUGUUUCGCAGGGUCGGUACGACGUGGUUGUUCCUCUUUGCAAACAAGCUCUGGAAGACCUGGAGAAGACUACGGGCCACAAUCAUCCGGUUGUUGCGACUAUGUUGAAUAUUUUGGCACUUGUGUACAGGGACCAACGUAAGUACAAGGAAGCGGUACAUUUGUUGAGUGAUGCUCUGGCUAUUCGAGAGAAAACUCUUGGAGAAACCCAUUCCGCUGUAGCAGCGACCUUGAAUAAUCUAGCUGUUUUGUACGGAAUGCGUGACCAAUACCGAGAUGCGGAGCCGUUAUGCAAGCGAGCAUUAGAAAUCCGGGAACGGCUGUUAGGUAAAAAUCAUCCGGAUGUUGCCCAGCAGCUAACCAACUUGGCAUUGCUGUGCCAGAACCAGUCGAAAUUUGCUGAAGCAGAGCUCUACUACAAGCGGGCCCUGCAAAUAUACGAAUUGGGACCGGAUGAUCAAAACAUCGCAAAAACUAGAAAUAGCUUGGCCACCUGCUACCAGAAGCAGGGUAAACUUAAGGACGCGGAAGUUCUCUACAAGCAGGUACUAACGAAGGCACACGAAAGCGAAUUUGGAUCCAUCAAUGACGACAACAAACCCAUUUGGCAGGUGGCCGAGGAACAAGCGGCCAAUAAGGGUGAAAUGACAAAAUCACGGGACAGCUUCUUCAGUGGUUGGAUGGCGAAAGUGAGCUCGCCAACGGUUGCCUCGACGCUGAAACAUCUCGGAGUUGUGUACCGCAAACAGGGUAAAUUGGAAGCCGCCGGUACGCUGAAGAAUUGUACGAAAUUACUUGCAAGAGAAAAUGGAAGCGGUGAGAGUAAAGAUCGUCGGAAAAAGUCGCAGGAGAGUGGAUAA